GUUUAAAUGAUGAGAUAAAAUGUCCAGUAGAGCAGAUAGUUCAUCAGAUUCGGAUGAUAGCUUACACGAGCGCUACUCCCCCGUUAAGGUAAUGGCUUUGUCUCAGUUACCUCCCCCAAGGAACCCAUCAACCAGCAAACCAGUCACUAGUUUUCUUAUCAGAGACAUCCUUCAUAAAGAUGCUGCAAAGAGCGCCCAGAAACGUAAAGAAUCGAGUGUUUCCUCACACACGCACACACACGGACCUUUAAGCCCUUUAAAUAGGUUUCAUAGUAGUACUUUACAUCAACCACCUCAUAUAAGGGGACCCCCAUCACACGGACACUUUUCACCCCAUAUAGGCCUACAGAUUGUUCGCCCAUGGGAUGCAGCAUCUUCUAGGAAACGAUCUAGUUCAAUGGCUGCUCUUGAUGAUGUUGAUUCAGAAUCAGACAAUAGCGAUAUAGAAAUAGACAUAGUUGGAGACGAAGAAGAAAAACCCAGUCCAAAAGUAAAGACCAAAUCAAAAGUUUCCCCUUUAGAUGCCCUGUUUGAAAUGACAAGUAAAACGUUUGAUGGAAAUGGUACCAAUGCAUUAGCAGAAGGAAACAAGAAAGAGCUCAGUGGAAUGUUUAACAAAUCACAUCCACCUAAAAAACGGAGGAAAGCCAGAACAGCUUUCACAAACCAACAAAUAUAUGAACUUGAAAAACGAUUCCUUUAUCAAAAAUACCUGACACCGGCAGACAGAGACGAGAUUGCGUCAACCUUAGGACUCUCGAACGCCCAGGUUAUCACGUGGUUUCAAAACAGACGCGCGAAAUUAAAACGAGACCUGGAAGAGUUGAAAAAUGAUGUAACUAAUGCAACAACAGUUGAAAGUCCGGGUGCGCAAAAGGAAUUACUAGAAAGUAUGGAGCAUUUACAAGCAGUUAAGACAGGAAUGAAAAAAUAG